AAUAGUCAAUCAAAGCACAAUUUCCAGAACACAUGGAGCACCACCAAAGCUACUUUUGGUACAGCGAGUACGCGGCCCCCUCCGCCGCUGCGACGUCGUCAUCGUCGUCCUCCUCCGACUCGCUUCCGUUCAACACGGGCGGCGGCGGAGAGGUGCCCGCGCCCACGUCAGCGGAGGUCUCGGCGCCGGCUGUCGGCGCUGCCCGGUCCAAGCGGUCGCCGCCGAACAAGGAGGCAUUCAUCGGGGUGCGGAGGCGGCCGUGGGGAAGGUUCGCAGCGGAGAUCCGUGACUCGACGCGGAACGGCACGCGGGUGUGGCUCGGCACCUUCGACAGCGCCGAGGCGGCCGCGAUGGCCUACGACCAGGCCGCGCUGUCCGCCCGGGGCCCCGCCGCUGCGCUCAACUUCCCACUGGAGCUUGUGCGCGAAUCGCUCCACGCACUCGCGCUGGGCGGCGCGGCCGCCUCCGCCGGGGAUUCGCCCGUGCUGGCGCUGAAGUCGCGGCACUCCAAGAGAAAGCGCCGGAAGAAAUCCGAGCUUGCGGCCGCGGCGGCGAACGGCGCGGUGACGGCCAGGAGCAAGAGCACGAGCAAGAACGCCGCGGCAGAGCAGAAGCGGCCCUUCGUCGUGGAGCUGGAGGACCUUGGCGCCGACUACCUGGAAGAGCUUCUCAGGAUCUCCGAGAGCUAAGUGAUGACUGAUGCGUGCAGAAUUCUAUUCUAGCUUGGGAGAUCGAUGCACUGCAAUGUCGAAGCCUUAAUAGGUCUGCUUGUUUUCCUGAGAAUCUAGAUUUUGAAUUGUGGAUUGUAAAAGUUAUUUUAAAAUAGAUUAUGAAUUGUAUCGAGUCUAAAUUACUGCAAUCUGCUUCCAAAAUCUGUUCAUUUGUUUGCAUAAUCUAAUUGUGGAGCACAAUC